UGCGAGGAUGGCGACGUUAAGGAAAUCAUAUGUGGUGACCAGAUGUGUGUACUCAGAGGACAGUUUUGCUGAGAAUUACGAGAAGGUCUUCAGGCUGCGUAAAACCCCACUGGACCAUGUGAAACAGUACUUGAUCUGUGAUACAAAGCGUGUCAAGAAUGUGGCGCUGUCUCUGCUGCCCAUCACUGGAUGGAUGAGGAGCUACAGAAUUAAAGAGUGGCUGCUGGGUGACGUGGUGUCCGGGAUCAGCACCGGACUGGUGGCUGUCAUGCAAGGUCUUGCCUUCGCGCUCCUGGCUGAACUUCCCCCAAGCUACGGCCUCUUCACCGCUUUCUUUCCUGUGCUCACCUACUUCUUCCUCGGUACUUCCAGACACAUAUCCAUAGGUGCCUUCCCCGUCCUGAGCCUGAUGGUGGGAGCUGUGGUGAUCCGCCUGGUACCAGAUGGCCAACCUGCAGCCAACAUCACUGAUUUUGAGGGUCUGAACCAGGACCAGAAAAGAGUCCUGGUGGCCUCCUCUUUGACCUUCCUCAUGGGAAUAUUCCAGCUUGCCAUGGGUAUUCUGCAAGUGGGCUUCAUCGUUGUGUACCUGUCUGACACCCUGGUGUCUGGUUUCACCACAGCAGCCGCCAUCCACAUCAUGGUGUCCCAGCUCAAGUUUGUGUUGGGGAUACAGGUUCAAGGCUUCAGUGGACCUUUCUCUGUCAUACGUACCCUUAAGAUGGUCUUUGUCCAAAUCCGUUCCACCAACAUCUGUGACCUAGUGAUGUCCAUAAUUAUUAUGGUGGUGGUGUUCAUCGUGAAGGAGCUGAACGACAGAUACAAGGACAAGCUGCCGGUGCCUAUUCCUAUAGAGGUUAUCAUGACCGUUAUAGCUUGUGGAGUGUCCUACGGCUUCAACUUUACAGGCAUAUAUGACGUGGAUAUUGUGGGUCAAAUGGAUAGUGGGUAUGAUGCUCCCAUUGCACCCAGUGUGGAAAUCUGGAAAGAGAGCGCUGUGGAGGCCUUUCCUAUUGCCAUAAUCGGGUUUGCUGUUGCUUUCUCUGUGGCCAAAGUCUACUCAAUCAAACAUGAUUACGCCAUCGAUGGAAACCAAGAACUGAUUGCUUUCGGGGUUAGCAACAUAUUUGGUGCAGCGUUCAGGUCGUUUGCAGCCAGUACAUCACUGUCCAGAACCGCAGUGCAGGAGAGCUCUGGAGGUAAAACACAGAUUGCAGGGCUGAUCUCAGCAAUGAUGGCAAUGAUUGUCACUGUGGGAAUUGGGUUCCUGCUUGAGCCUCUUCCCAGGUCUGUCCUGGGCGCGCUGGUCGUGGUCAACCUUAAAGGCAUGUUGAUGCAAUUCAGAGACAUCCCGUACCUGUGGAGAAGAGACAAACCAGACUGUGUGGUGUGGGUGGGAACCUGCGUGGGUGCCAUCCUGCUGGGGCUGGAUCUUGGUCUGGCACUAGGAUUAGGAGUGGAGCUCCUCACCGUCAUCUUCAGGAUUCAGUUCCCCCGCUGCUCUGUCUUGGCUAACAUUCCUGGAACUGAGCUCUACAGAGAUUGUAAAGAUUACGUGCAUAUAUUUGAACCAAAUGGAGUAAAAAUCUUCCGGAUACCAUCGCCUAUCUUCUUUGCCAAUAUUGCGUUCUUCAGGGACAAGCUAGCAGAGGCUGUUGGGUUUAACCCCCUGAGAGUUCUGAGGACGAGAAACAAAGCCCUCAGGAAAAUGAAAAAUCUGUUGCCACAAGGAAUGGAUCACAUACCACAAAUUCUUACAUCUGUGAUGGAGGAUGGUGAAGAGAAUGACGUUUGGUCAAAAACUAAUGAUUGUGAGGUAAAAAUGGAGCCAGACCUAACAACUGACGUCAAUGAUCUUCCUGGACGGACUGAGUGGAAAGCUGAGCUUCCUCCCAGCAUUAACAUUCCCAGAGUGGACCUCCACAGCCUGAUCUUGGACUUCUCUGCAGUCUCUUUCCUGGACAUCUCUGCUCUUAAAAGCCUCAAAAUGGCACUCAAACAGUUCAUCCGUAUUGAUGUGGAUGUUUACAUUGUUUCUUGUGAUGUGUAUAUUCUGGAGAAACUACACAGCUGUUCAUUCUUUGAUGAUGAAGUUUUGACUUCCAUGUUCUUCCCGACCCUUCACGAUGCCAUGCUGCAUGUGCUUGAAAAACACAAGGAUAGCAAGUGUAAAGGCUGGGUGUUAUCAAACACAAGAAUGUGAAAGAACGGCCGUCUGAGAACAUCCAAUCAGAAGGAACCCAUGGGUGGAAAUACCAAAUAUGUUCCACUUUAAGUAACCUUAAACACCACUGUACAGCCGCUACACAUCUUCUAUGUAUAGUAAAGGUUUUACUGUUUUGACAAGUCAAUCAUUUUUCCUGUGCUUACGCAAAUUGGUUUGUGCCAACAUUUUUAUUGCACU